UGGCCUCUUGAAGAUAACAGAAAUAAUACACAUUUAAGACGAUUAUUAUUAUUAUUAUUAUUAUCUAGUGCGUUUUACGUUAUUUUCCAGUUUAAUCUCUGACUUCUUAGUUUAGUCCGGUUGGUGGCGGUAAUGUACCUUUAAGAUAGAUUCCUACCGCCAAAAAAGAGAAGAAGAAGAAUUAAAAACACGAGAAGAAGAAGAGUAAGAGGAAGACUUGUUCAUUUGCAAGUCUGUGGUCUCCUGCCACAAACUCCGAUGCUUCCCAGCGUCCUCCGCUGUGCUCGACCCGUCUCCACCCCUCGUGCCUUAACCCGGCCUCUGGCCCACUUCAGACCCCACAUGGACCCGGACCCCAGCCGGCCCGUCGAGAGGACGAUCAGAACCAAGCUAACCGGCGCGCUGACGCCGGACCACUUGGAGGUCCACAACGAAAGCCACAUGCACGCCGUGCCUCCCGGCUCCGAGUCCCACUUCCGCGUCCUGGUGGUCAGCUCCCGGUUCGAGGGUCUGCCCCUGAUUCAGCGCCACCGCCUGGUCAAUGAGGCCCUGAAGGAGGAGCUGAGCGGCUGUGUUCAUGCGCUGGCCAUCCAGGCAAAGACUCCCGAGCAGUGGGGCAGUAACCCUGCGCUGGCUAAGAGUCCACCCUGCAUGGGCGGCUCGAGAGGAGAUCACACUGUGGAGGAGAAACUGAAGGCCGGACGAGAGUGAGGCUGAAAUGUGAAGAGUGCAGGUGAAUACUUUUAGGGGAAGAGUGUUUCCUCUUUGUUAACGCUCAGCAGGACGUUUGCAGGUCAUUUAGUUUAGAUUAUAUGAAUCAAUACAAAGAAGAAAUCCACUACUACAUAAGUUGUAGCUGAACAAAUGUGACCGAGACGACACAAUAGAAUUAUUAAGACUUAUUCUACUCAUAGCUCCCGGUCACAUAAGCUCUCAAAGUGAACAUCAGCUCUUACAGUGGGUCACACAUUAAAACUGCUUCUCUGUGGGCGACAAGAAGAAGAUUGAAAGUUUAAGUAUUUUUAUUUGACCAAGUAGAACUGUUAAAAUAAAGCACUUACACUGUGAA